AUGUCCAAAUCGAGUGCAGGGCCUCCCAUCAGACCUCUCCCGGACCAUCUAUCGGAAUUUGUGGAAGAUUUGCGGGUAAAGUAUGGCGUAUCGAGUAUAGGCGUAGCUACUGUUCGCAAGAUCUCCGAGGGUGCGAGCGGAGAGCAAUGGGAACAUGCAGUCGGAGGGUUCGGUACCGCCAACGCUCAACGAGAUCCAGUCACUCCCGAUUCACUCUUCUCUAUCGCUUCCAAUAGCAAAUUGAUUACUGUGAUUGCUCUGGGACUGCUGAUCGAGAGCGAGGCAAAAUUACCCGAUGGUUCGAUUCUGAGAUGGGACAGCAAGGUGUCUCGCAUCUUCCCGGACCUGAAGCUACAGGAUGAGCGGGUCAUGCAUAUGCUGGAUCUGACUGAUCUCCUCGGGAUGCGCUCUGGCUUACCUGGACAUGACACUGCCAUAGGCUUGGUCUCGCCGUCAGAGCUCAUUCGCAUAAUGAGUCAUCUUAAACUCUCAGCGGAGAUCCGACAGACAUGGCAGUAUUCCAACAUGCACUACAUUCUCGCAGCAGCCAUCAUUCCUAUAUUGACAGGCAUGCCAUUCCACGACUAUGUCCAGCAAAAGAUCUUCAAUCCUCUGAAGAAGACGGAACGAUGGACACAUGGAUCUAUGCGGCUCGGUAUUGAUAUUGAAGAAUGUCGGCGACGAUUGGACAAUGGUCAGAACCUGGAUCAGAGCGUCCUGGGUGAAGUCAAGAGAUUUGGUAGAUGGACAGAGGAGAAUACUUUACAUCGAGCUGGUCCCGGCGGAGCAAUCAUGAGUUUGAGAGAUAUGACCAUUUGGAUGAGAGAGCUCCAAGAUCCAAAAAUCAUCCCUGCCUCCCUGUUGAAGAAAGCGGAGCAUCCACUCUCAAUAGUGACGGCUGAACCUAGUGAUCCAGAGCUCGGAGUCUCAACUUAUGGACUAGGUCAAAUGGUCUACACGUAUCGGGGCUAUCGGAUCACGGGUCAUUCUGGCGGACUACCUGGUCAGAAUACCCUCAUGCUACGCUUGGAUGACGGUUACGCCAUCAUGGUCGCUACGAACGAGGUAUGGGCGCGAUUGCCAAUAUUGAACGAUGUAAUAUAUCGAUACAUAGAUGAUCAUCUUGGACUGAAACCGCUGGAUUGGACAAAGCGGGCUUUCGAAAGACUUGUCAGAAAUACUCGGAGAGAUCUGGUGGUACCGAAAGACCCGGUCCCACCGCUGAGCUCGGAAAGGAUCAAGGGCCGAUACACGAAUCUUGCGUAUGCCGACCUAGUCCUAAGUGUACUACCCCUCGACACCGCAGAGGACACACCAUUCCACGUCGACUCGAAGCUCUUUCUGAACCUCUUCCCCCAUAUCAAAGGCACAAGAUACGGCUCACCGAUGUCCAAAGUGUUUGUCGACUUUAUAGGCUUCAUUCCUAUAUCUGAUAAUGUCUAUCAUUGGGUCUGUCUGACGACUAGACCGAUAUUAGACGCAAACGGUGAAGAAUCUGUACAGCGGGGAGUGGUAGACUACGAAGUGGGGACAGCUAUAUUCACUGAGGAUGGUCUGGGGAUGUUCGGCAAUUUUUGGGGCGCUGGACCGGACGUUCCAGUCACGCAGGCUGACGUGGGCAUGGAAGAGGUGAAGCGGAGCGCGGAAGUGUUCUUUGAACGGUCGAGAUGA